AUGGCAACGACCACAAACAACCGGUCGGCAUACGUCACCCCCACCCCCAAGCCCAUGAGAGACAGGCUGAGUCACCUCCACCAGGUGCAGACUGACCAUGAGGGCUUCAGCGUGGUGCAACUGGACUACUUGUCAGAGCAUGCAGCCGCAGCGCAUCCCGACGAGGACCUGGGCCGCGUCCUGCAGGACGCCCGGGAGAUACGUCUGGAGAUCCAGCAGAUCGAGAAGGACGUCAGCGAGCUGAAAGAUGUGAACCACCGGUCCUUGGAACAGACCGCACACCUCCCGGCGUCAGAGCCGGACUCCACUAACAUCGGGAUGGACGUGAAGCGCAGGGGAGAGGCUGUGCUGCAGCGCCUGCACAUGAUGAACGCGCUCAGACGGGAGCUGGAGGCCCAGCGAGGCACCUUUGACCCCGCGGCACGCGUCGCACGCACACAGCGCCAGUAUCUCAGCGGCGCUCUGCGGCAGGUGAUGGCCAGCUACAGUGACGCCGAGGUGAGCCACAGGGAGGCCUGCAAGCGGCACAUCCGCAGGCAGAUGGAGGUGAUGGACAGGGAGGUCAGCGCGCAGGAGGUGGAGGAGAUGAUGGACAGCGGGGAGUUGAACGCGUUCGGCGCGCAGGCGAUUGGCAAAACGGCUCGAUCCGCUCUGCUGCAGAUCCAGAGUCGGCAGGAGGAGCUGCUGGAGCUGGAGAAGAGGAUCCAGGGGAUCCAGGAGCUGUUUCUGGACGUGGCUGUGCUCACAGAGGAGCACGGGUUAGCCGCGGACAACAUCCAGAAGAACUUAGAAAAUGCAGAAGUGAAGGUUCAGGAGGCCGUGGUGCAGCUGGACAGAGCGAGAACCUUUCAAAAAAACAAUCCCUUCAAGAAGCUGCUUUGUUGCUGCUUUCUAUUUUAACAUUUAGGUCUAAUGAGGGUCAGUGGCUCCCUCCUCCGGCCCUCCAGUACAUCUGGUUCUCUGAUGCUCCGGUUGUGUUUAAAGCUGCACCACAAACCCGAAAGUACAAUAAAUGAAGGCACAAAUUAUCUGUAUCUUCAAAAAUUCUGUUUUGAUCGCACCACAAGCUCCACUUGAUGGCUGUUCUGGAGCUUUUGAUUAACCUUGGA